AUAUGUUUUGAAUAUACAGUGUUUUUCACAACAUUAACAACAAUGUAAUGUAUUGUUUGACCAUUUGAUUCAUUGAUAAUAUAUAAGACAUAUAUAACACUAAUCAUCAACAAAAUAAUUACAAGACAUUACUAUUGAUAUCAUUAUAAUCAUCACAUCGGAUGACAAUAUCAUAUAUAUAUAAUGGUUGACACUUUUAAUACCAAUACCACCGAUGGUGGUGGUGGUGGUGGUGGUAAUGGUGGCCACCUGUGCGAUGUCCACAAAAAACAACAACAGCAUCUGCARCCACACCAUCAUCAUCAACAUCAACAACAUUACCAUCAACAACAACAACAACAACAACGGGUGACGACAUUACCGAAAACAACGGCAACAUCAAUGGCUUCAUCGCAACAGCCGUCGGGGAUACCGAUCGAAAUACUGGACGAUUUGGCCGCCCGUUUCAUCAUUAACAUACCUCAGCGGGAACGUGACGAUCUGAUCCGACUAUGUUUCCUAAUUGAACAAGCACACUGGCACUAUCUGGACUUUAUAUGUCCACAACAUCAGCUAAUCCGACACAACUAUACCAGAUUUACGGAAAUCAUGUUCAAUCACAUACCGUUCCUUAAUCAACAUAUCGGUCGACUGGCUAUAAUCGUUAGCAAAUGGAAAGACUAUAAGCUACUGGUUCCCACUUGCGGUGCCAUCCUAUUAGAUCCGACACUAUCGCGUGUACUGCUUGUCCAAGGUUACGGUGGCCGCAGCUGGGGGUUUCCGAAAGGCAAAAUCAACGAAAACGAACCGUACGUCCAGUGCGCGGCCCGUGAAGUCAAAGAGGAAACCGGUUACGAUGCCACCGCCGGCAUCAGCGACCAGUGCUAUAUCGAGCGCCGUAUUAACGAAUCCUCAGUACGACUUUAUAUUGCCAAAGAUGUGGAUCCAAUGUUUGCCUUCAAACCGUUGGCCCGAAACGAAAUCAAAGAGAUCCGCUGGUUCGCCGUGGAUGAACUGCCCGUCCGUACGCACCUACCGACUACUACUGCUGCCGGUAGUAUCGGUAGUAUCACUAAUAGUGUUGUAGUGGCCGGCAAUACUGUUAAUGCCAACCAAUUCUAUUCGGUCGUACCGUUUGUCAAAGCAUUGCGCCGUUGGAUUGCCCGCGAACGCCAACAACGAAAGGAACGGGAGGCCGACGACCACUGGGCGAUGACGACGGCAACAGCGCCAACAUGAAUACGGCCAACAAAUUUUGGGCUAAGAGUUGGGAUAACGUGAAGUUUGAUUGGGACCGCAUCUGGCGGGACAUCAGACGCGAUAUGAGAUUUAAAUUAUAUUAAAUUAAAAUUAAUUGAUUGAUUGAUUGAUUCAAUUAAUUUUUCAUUUAAUUAAUUAAUGUAUAAAAACACUUAAAAAUUGAUUAUGAUUUACAUAUGACUUCAUU